AUGGUUAUUCUUGAUAGCAUUGUCUCCAUGGGACUGGGCGUUGACCCAUCUGUGGCUAUAACGGCUCUGAUUCUGGCCAUUCUUGUGGUUCCGAUGGGUUGCCAAAGGCCUAGAGUGGUGAACCUCGGCGCUGUUUUCUCUUUUGAUUCGGUUAUCGGAAGAGCUGCAAAAGUAGCUCUCGAGGCAGCUGUCUUCGAUGUGAACGCUGAUACUAGCAUUCUCAAAGAUACGGAGCUACGGCUGCUCAUGGAGGACUCUUCCUGCAAUGUCUUUCAUGGAUCCUUCGGAGCUUUUGACGUGCUUGAGAAAGAAGUGGUGGCAAUGAUCGGUCCAAUUUCAUCCUCCAUCGCUCAUACAUUGUCAGAUAUUGCGAAAGGGCUCCAGUUUCCUCUCGUCUCAUUUGCAGCAACUGAUCCAACUCUCUCUGCCCUACAGUUUCCUUUCUUUCUUCGGACCACACCUGAUGAUGCCCACCAAAUGUCUGCCCUUGUGGAUCUUAUCAAUUUUCAUGGAUGGAAAGAGGUGAUAGCAGUUUACUCAGAUGAUGAGCUCGGAAGAAAUGGAGUUUCUGCUCUAGAUGAUGAACUGUACAAGAAAAGAUCCAGGAUUUCCUAUAAAGUGCCACUCUCAGUGCAUUCUGAUGAAAAGUCCGUUGCUGAUGCUUUGGAAAAAUCCAAGUCCCUCGGUCCUCGAGUCUAUAUUCUUCAUUUUGGCCCUGACCCAUUGCUCAGAAUAUUUGGUAUAGCGCAAAAGCUGCAGAUGAUGACCAAUGAAUACGUAUGGCUCGCCACAGACUGGCUCUCGGUUACCUUAGAUUCUUCUUUGAGGGACAAAGGUACUUUUAAGCGUCUUGAAGGAGUAGUGGGGCUUCGUCAACACAUCCCAAAAUCCGUAAAGAUGCAGAAAUUCACACAUAAACUGAAGAGCAACAGAUCAAUGAAUGCAUACACGUUCCAUGCCUAUGAUACCGUGUGGAUGAUUGCAUACGGCAUCGAGAAAAUGCUGAAUGAAGGAAUCAACAUAACAUUCUCUUACUCCGAGAAGUUAAUUCAGGCAGAAGGAACUAAACUGCACCUGGACAGAGUCAAAAUUUUCAACAGCGGGGAGCUACUACUUAAGAAACUUCUGCAGGUGAACUUCACUGGUAUAGCUGGUCAAGUUCAGUUUGGUUUUGGUCGAAAUGUCAUUGGCUGUGACUAUGAAGUCAUCAAUGUAGACAAAACCGGUGUUCAUACGGUGGGUUUCUGGAAAAAUGGAAGCUUUUCAGUUGUAUCCCCAGAUUCCCGACAAGCACAUAAGAAGACUGGCUUUGUUUCUGAAGAAAAACUUGGUCACAUAACCUGGCCUGGUGGUGGCCGUGAAAAGCCACGUGGUUGGGUCAUUGCAGAUUCCGCAAAUCCAUUGAAGAUUGGUGUCCCAAACAGAGUGAGCUUUGUCGAGUUUGUGGCCGAAGAAAAGAACAGUAGCCAUCGGAUCCAAGGAUUAUGCAUCGACGUCUUCAUUGAAGCAUUGAAGCUCGUCCCUUACAGUGUUCCUUACAUAUUUGAGUCAUUCGGGAAUGGCGAUUCAAGCCCCAAUUACAAUCAGCUUAUUCAAAUGGUGACGGAUGGCAUAUAUGAUGCAGCCGUUGGGGAUAUUGCAAUAGUGCCAAGCCGGUCCAAAUUAGUAGAUUUCUCGCAGCCUUAUGCUUCCACAGGCCUUGUGGUGGUGAUUCCGACUAACGACGACAAUGCGACUUGGAUCUUCCUGAGACCUUUCACCAUCCGGUUAUGGUGUGUUGUUCUAGCUUCAUUUCUGGUUAUUGCCGUAGUCAUCUGGAUCCUCGAACAUCGCAUCAAUAAAGAUUUCAGAGGGCCACCCCGAAGACAACUCAUCACAAUGAUCUUGUUCAGCUUCUCAACUCUUUUCAAGAGAAAUCAGGAAGAUACAAUAAGCAAUCUAGCGAGACUAGUGAUGAUUGUAUGGCUCUUCCUAUUGAUGGUUCUAACCGCGAGCUACACAGCAAACCUCACAUCAAUCCUCACAGUUCAACAACUUCCCUCGGCCAUUACCGGCAUCGACAGCUUGCGGGCAAGUGGGGUGCCAAUCGGUUACCAGUCUGGGACCUUCACUUUAGAGUACUUAACCUACAGUCUUGGCAUAGCUCGGUCUAGGUUGGUUCCACUUGACUCGACUGAGGAGUAUGAAAGGGCACUAAAGCUAGGACCAACCGCUCUCAGAGGCGUAGCUGCCAUUGUUGACGAGCUCCCUUACAUUGAACUGUUCCUAGCGGAACGGACGGGUUUCAAAAUCGUCGGAGAGCCCUUUAUGCACCGUGGUUGGGGAUUUGCGUUUAAGAGAGAUUCUCCACUGGCUAUAGACAUGUCAACAGCGAUCUUGAAACUAUCCGAGACGAGAAAAUUGCAAGAGAUUAGGAAGAAAUGGUUAUGCAAGACGACUUGCGCAGAGAAAUCAGAUUGGAACUCAGAGCCAAACCAGCUUCAUCUCAAGAGCUUCAAAGGGUUGUACCUUGUGUGCAUCGCAAUCACGGUCUCUGCGUUUUUGGUGUUUGUUCUCAGGAUGAUACGCCAGUUCGUGCGGUACAGACGGAUGGAGAGGACAAGCUCGACGCCACGACCUUCUUGGUCGUCUUCUCCUACAGUGCGUUUAAGGGAAUUGGUGUUUGAUUUCGUGGAGUUUGUGGAUAAGAAAGAAGAAGCCAUCAAGAGAAUGUUCAGACAGAGUGGUGAUGAUUCUAACAACCCAUCUCAUGUUGUGGAAGUCCAGUCUGAUUCUGAGGGUAUUAGUUUAUCGCCAUCAUCCAUGGAAUGGGUAUAUCAUGAGCCCUUAAAAAUCAGACCUUUCGGUUCGAAAAUCCGACGAAAGAUGGGAUUUUUCGUGAUGAUUAGUGGUGUUUCCAUGGGAGUGAUGCUCCUAUGUGUUUCUGGGUUUUGGGUUUUACCAACGGAAGGUGCUGGAAGAGAAAGUUUCUCAAGAAACUCUUCUUCUUCUUCACGGCCAAGCUCUGUCAACGUUGGAGCUCUGUUUACUUAUGAUUCUUUCAUCGGAAGAGCAGCCAAACCUGGGUUUAUGACGGCCAUUGACGACGUUAAUGCUGAUCCGGUUAUUCUCAGGGGAACCAAGCUCAAUGUUGUCUUUCAUGACGCAAAUUGCAGUGGAUUUGUUGGUUCCAUGGGAGUGGUUUUGCUGUAUUUGGAAAUGAGGAAGAAGGUAAUGGAGAACAAGGUGGUUGCAGCCAUUGGUCCACAAUCUUCAGGAAUCGGUCACAUAAUCUCCCAUGUAGCUAAUGAGCUCCAUGUACCUCUCUUGUCAUUUGCAGCAACAGACCCGACUCUUUCUUCGCUUCAGUACCCUUAUUUCCUUCGUACCACACAGAACGACUACUUCCAGAUGAAUGCGAUCGCUGAUUUUGUAUCCUACUGCCGAUGGAGAGAAGUUGUUGCCAUCUUUGUAGACGAUGAGUAUGGUAGGAACGGGAUAUCUGUACUAGGCGAUGCUUUAGCCAAGAAACGUGCCAAGAUCUCUUACAAGGCUGCAUUUACACCUGGUGCAGAUAAUAGCUCAAUCAGUGACUUAUUGGUUUCUGUUAAUAUGAUGGAAUCUCGCAUCUUUGUUGUUCAUGUGAAUCCUGAUUCGGGUUUAAACGUAUUCUCUGUCGCCAAGUCUCUUGGAAUGAUGGGAAGUGGCUACGUCUGGAUCGCCUCUGAUUGGCUUCGUACAGCUUUGGAUUCCAUGGAACCGUUGGAUCCCAAAACUUUGAAUCUCUUGCAAGGAGUGGUUGCUUUUCGCCAUUACACACCUGAGAGUAACAAGAAGAGAGAGUUUAAAGCAAAAUGGGAAAACCUUAGAUCCAAGGAGAGUUCAGGAGGUGUUGAUGGCUUCAAUUCUUAUGCAAUGUAUGCUUAUGAUUCUGUUUGGUUGGUGGCUCGUGCUCUCGAUGUUUUCUUCGGCGAAGGAAAUACAGUGACUUUCUCCAGUGAUCCGAAUCUGAGGAAAACCAACGGUAGCAACAUCAAGUUAUCAGCACUUAACGUCUUCAAUGAAGGUGAGAGAUUCCUGCAGCUCAUUCAUGAGAUGAAUUAUACAGGUCUGACCGGACAAAUCGAGUUUGAUUCGGAGAAGAACCGGAAAAAUCCAGCAUACGACAUUGUAAACAUACAGAGCAGAGGUCUACAUAGAGUCGGGUACUGGACAAAUCACACAGGUUUCUCAGUCGAGCCACCGGAGAGAUUAUACUCUAAGCCUCCAAACACAUCUGCAGAACAUCAACGUCUUAAUGAGAUCAUAUGGCCAGGGGAAGCAACAAAGGCACCUCGGGGUUGGGUUUUCGCUGACAAUGGAGAGCCGCUCAAAAUCGGUGUGCCUAACCGUGUGAGUUACAAAAACUACGCCUCUAAAGACAACAACCCGCUUGGUGUUAAAGGCUAUUGCAUCGACAUCUUUGAAGCUGCGGUUCAAUUGCUUCCGUAUCCCGUCCCACGUACUUAUAUACUAUAUGGAGACGGGAAGAGGAAUCCUUCAUAUGACAAUCUCAUAAGCGAAGUUGCUGCAAAUAAUUUCGAUGUAGCUGUUGGGGAUGUUACAAUCGUUACAAACAGAACCAAGUUUGUAGAUUUCACGCAGCCAUUUAUGGAAUCAGGGCUCGUGGUGGUAGCUCCAGUGAAGGGGGCCAAGUCUAGUCCUUGGUCGUUCUUGAAGCCAUUCACUGUAGAGAUGUGGGCUGUGACUGGAGCCUUGUUUCUCUUUGUGGGAGCCAUCAUUUGGAUUCUUGAACACCGCUUUAAUGAAGAAUUUCGCGGACCUCCUAGGCGUCAAAUCAUCACCAUUUUCUGGUUUAGCUUCUCAACGAUGUUCUUCUCUCACAGAGAGAACACGGUGAGCUCGUUGGGGAGGUUUGUGCUACUCAUAUGGUUAUUCGUGGUUCUGAUCAUCAACUCAAGCUACACGGCCAGUCUCACUUCGAUCCUCACCGUUCAACAGCUAACAUCUCGGAUAGAAGGAAUGGAUAGUCUAAUAGCAAGCAACGAACCCAUUGGAGUCCAAGACGGUACCUUCGCGUGGAAGUAUCUGGUCAAUGAACUUAACAUAGCUCCAUCAAGAAUCGUUCCGCUGAAAGACGAAGCAGAAUAUCUCUCUGCUCUUCAACGUGGUCCCAGAGGCGGUGGCGUUGCAGCCAUUGUCGACGAGCUUCCUUACAUCAAAGCUUUAUUGUCAAACAGCAACUGCAAGUUCCGUACAGUUGGACAGGAAUUCACCCGGACAGGCUGGGGAUUUGCUUUCCAGAGAGAUUCUCCUUUAGGUGUGGACAUGUCGACAGCGAUCCUGCGGCUGUCUGAAGAAGGAAAACUGGAGAAAAUCCGCAAGAAAUGGCUUACCUACAGCCACGAAUGCUCAAUGCAGAUUUCAGACACAGAGAACUAUCAAAUCUCGCUACAGAGCUUCUGGGGUCUGUUCCUAAUCUGUGGCAUCGUUUGGUUCUUUGCACUGACGCUCUUCUGCUGGAAAGUUUUCUGGCAAUGCCAACGGUUAAAACCAGAAGAAGACAGUGGUGAAGCAAAGGCGAGCGAAGAAGCCAGUUCUUCUAGAUCAGGGAGAAGUUUGAGGGCGGCGAGUUUCAAGAACUUGAUCAGAGUUGUUGAUAAGAGAGAAGCAGAGGUCAAGGAGAUGCUUAAGCAGAAGAGCAGUAAGAAACUCAAAGCUAGCCAAAGCUCAGCUGAGAAUUCGCAGUCAAAAGAUCUUGAAACUCCAUAGAGACGGUUAAAUAGAUAAAAAGUUACACAAUGUGUUAAAAUCACUACAGAUACAAGAAAAAACAUCACUUAGAAAGGUAAAUAGAUUUGUAAUAAGGUUUUGUUAUGGGACCUUAACCAAAAAGAUAAAAAUGCAAUUUUGUUUUCCCAUACAAAA